AUGUGGUAUUACAGAUGGCACCCUGGACUGUUGUGUUCCGCCAUCCUUUUUUUUUUUACUGGAUGUAUGAGAGCUUUGCAUGAUGCGGCGAGAACUGCGUUUGUUACUGUGCCAUUGGCCUCUUUUUUUCUUUUAGCCGUUUUUACUUUUGUUGCCUAUUUCAUUACUGGUCAUGUUGGGACUCCUGCGUGCUCCGUGCCUCCACUUCACUCACCAAAUGGAGGUGCAUGGCCAUUGCGCUGGAAGGAGUCUUUUUUUUUUUCACAUCCACGGAGAACCAUCAUUGAGCACAUUUUUCUUUUGUACUUCUUUUGCUUUCUUUCAGGAGAUGCUCCCUUGGCUUUGCCUCCAACGGGAUAUGCGCAGAGUUACACGCGCUUUAGAAACCGAAGCCACGAGCCUUUUUGGAAAGGGUGCUUUAUCUCUUUUCCAACAUUAAAUUUGUUGUCCAUGUUGAUGUUUUUGGUGGCGGGAGGGUGGAGCCCCUACUUGGCGACGAUCCCACGUAUGGUUUGGUGGUGGUCCGACCAGGGCGGACUAUAUCCACUGCGUCGGGGAAAGGCUUCUGGUGGAUCGAACGACACGGCGGCUGGGGGAAAUAAUAACGGGACGGUCGCUAUCCCGUUGAUGGUGGUCCCGCUGAUGCUCGAUCUGAUGGAAUUUCGGAGGAUGAUGUGCAACAUCAGUGUGCCCAUCCGGCUGUUGGUUUUGGUGCAGAACGGGCGGGAGGCGAUGCUGUCGUUGUGCCUGCAGGAACUCGAGAGGGUCUAUGGGUGGUCCGGACGCCUGGUUGUGAGUCGUCACCCGGAAAACAUCGGGUACAGCGCUGCGGUGAACAUCGGGUUACGACUUGCACUCUCGCUGCCGCGCGAGGAAGUGCCUUUUGUUUUUGUGGCAAACAGCGACGUAAUGUUUUCACCCGAUCUUCUUCCCAACCCUCUACGCGAUGUGCAUGAAAUGACGAGGCAUGAUGCCGCUCGCAUGGAUGAGUUGGCGGCGGAAGUGGCGAAUGAGCCGAGCGAGUACAGUCCCGUUUUGCGACGGGGCUUGAGGGUGCUGCGCUCCACGGUGAAUGAUGACCGAUUGUCGACGUCUGCGCUGCUGCCUGACCGCGUUCGUUAUGCUUCUGUGAAGAAGCGUGAAAAGGCAUUUUCGAAACAUUACGGGCACUUC